AUGAUGAUCAAUACCACCAAUCUCAGCUGCGAGUAUUCCGCAGAGAUAGAAGCGAUGGUCCUCUUCUCAGGAGUGAACAAGCUAACAAGAAAGAGAGUAGUGCUUGCCCAAGCUAUUAUACACGGGGUCUGUUGUCCCUUCACCGUCACAUUAAACUUCCUUAUCAUUCUAGUCCUACUAAAGAUUCGCUCACUCCGCAGCAACACCAAUAUCAUGAUCGGCCUUCUUGCCGUAGUUGAUUUACUGAUGGGUUUGAUCAUACAGCCUUCUCUGGUAGCAGAAAACAUCAUGCAUUAUUCGAAGGACCAGUUCUCCUGCUCAGAUCUUAUAUACCACUAUCAUUCCGACCGCGUGCUAUUCCUGGUCCUGCAGACCCUGACUUUCAGCUCUUUGCACCACUUGACGCUGAUAAACAUUGAGCGUUACAUUGGAAUAAGGGAGACUUUUCGUUACCCCGUGAUUAUCACGCAAAAGCGCUUAGUGAUCGCAGUGGUUUGCGCAUGGCUUCUAGCGGGGAUCUUAUCGUUUAAUGUGAUUUUCCCGGCGCUCAUUCUACCGAUGAACACAUCCGUCCUCGCCUGCGUCCUUGUUUGUGUCUAUUGCAGCUUUGUGGUGACCCGAGAGAGUAGAAGACACCACAGGCAGAUUAUCGCCCAACAUAUGGCCGUCGGAUUGCCGCCCAACAUGCUCCCACGAAAGGCAAUCUGGGUAUUUGUCUUUCUUACUGUGGUUAUUCUAAUCUCGUAUAUCCUGGCAGGGCUAACACGCUGUCUGGCCGAUGAGGCAACGUCUAUUUUAACACUCCCCUCCUCUCUCGUAGUAUUGAAUGCACUUUUUAACCCCAUUAUCUUCAUCAGUCGAAGCAAAGAAUUCCGAAUUGAGCUUAGGGGUGUUCUUGGAAUCCGUCCAGGGGCUGAACGGUAA